AUGGCUAUUUCUACAACCCCUUCGCCUCACGCCCUGGUCCAGUACCUGGUAGAGAGUUGUCACUCGCUACACAGCACUUGGUACAUCGGCGUCAUUCUCAGCAUCGUCUCCUCUUUCGCUGGCGCCCUCGGGGACAAUAUAGUCCGGCUUUCGUACGUCAAGGAACGAGGCCGAGGCAACACGACCCGUUCGCUGCAUCAGCGCCCUCUGUGGCUCCUGGGAACCUUCUUGACUGUCAUCGUGAACCCCGUCCUCACAAUCAUGGCUCUCAAGUUCGCGGCUGCUUCGAUAGUCCUGCCCUUCGGUGGGAUGCACAUUUUCUGGAAUGUCAUCCUGGUUGGCUACUUGCUGAGAGAGAAGCUUCUGCCCUCGGACAUUAUCGGCUCCAUGUGCAUUCUCUUCGGCAUCGUGAUUGUCAUUGCCUACGGGGCACACGAGGUCCCCCCCUACACGCUCACGUCGUUGUCUGCUAUGAUAGCGCAGCCGGCCUUUUCCGUCUAUCUGCUGGCCGUAUUUGUUUGCCUCGCCUACUGCACCCUCACCUCACCUAUUCACACUGCGGCGUGUUUCGUCUUGUCGUCUUUGCGCGAAGACGGCGGGGCGAGGAGUGUCUGGUCGGAUUACGCCUUCUCUACAGGGAAAGGAACGACAGAUUCUCUCCGGCUGUUGCCUACGUCAGCGGGGCCGGUGACCGAGCCGCCCUUGUGGCUGCAGCGUCUCACCGUGUCAGCCUUGAGCGGCGUUUUCGGCGGUCUGGGAAACCUAAGCGCGAAAGCCCUCAUCGAGAUCCUAAGCUCCGAAGGCCUCGCAGUGUGCCUGCAGAGAUAUGGAUUCUAUCUGUGCUGCUUGGCGACCGUCCUGUUCUGCGGUUCGCAACUGUUUUACUUGAACCUCGCUCUGUCUCGGCAUGAGGCGAAAUACGUGGUUCCCAUGGUCAACUCAACGCUUAUUGCAAGCGGCUCGUUGGGGGGGAUUUUACUUUUCCAAGAAUACGCCAACAUGUCUGUGCCAAGCAUCGCCGCGUUUUCAGGCGGCGCCUGCUCAGUUGUAUUAGGAAUCAUGAUCCUGGCAGCUUCAUCCUACAGUGCUGUGUCAAAGGCGACGCAGCCGGAGUAUGUGGCUCAGCGAAUGAAGGAGCUCGAUGGGACGGAUGACGAGAGGAUAGCGUUGAACGCUGCAUCGCAGUGUUCGAUCCCCAAAAUGUCCCCGACAUUCUGA